AUUUGAUUGCACAUUUUAUAAAACGGGUUAGACAUAUAUAUAGCUCACAAUGAUAUUUUGUUUUAACCCACUAAGUUGAGUGAUCAUUUGGGGUUUGUUGCACCUUAGUAAUAUAGGAUUAUAUCCUAUUUAUAUUGUGGUAUAAUUACGUAUGUAGGCCUGAAAAAUCAAGGGUCUUGAUUAUGAAAUUUUUAUAGACCCAUAUUAAUUUGAGUCUUUAAUGGGUGGACUCCAUUAGUUUUCUUUUAUAAGAGGUUAGGUCCCUCCUCCUCUCCAUAUGUCCAUUGGCUUGCCCCAUUGAUAGCUGAUAAUUUGUGAGGAGCAAGGAGGAGAAGAUCUACCUAUAUGCAUUCUGCAAACAUGGCUUCCGCAGUUUUGAGUGCCUCCUCUAUUUCAAGUCAAUUAUCUGCUAUUGAAACUUUGACUGGGAAUAAUUAUGUGAGAUGGAAACGAGACGUAGAAAUUGCUCUUGGUCUUUUAGGAUUGGAUUUUGCCCUGGAAGACGAACUUUCAAAACCUACUGAUAAGAGCACUGCUGAAUAUGUGGCUGAAUAUCAAAAGUGGGAUAGAGCAAACAGACUUUGUUUAAAGAUCAUCAAACGUUCUAUAUCAGAUUCCAUUAUGGGAGCUAUUCCUGACAAUGAUAGUGCUAAGAAAUUUUUGGGUGCCAUAGGACAAAAGUUUGUUGAAUCCGAUAAAGCUGAAACUGGAGACCUGAUGGAUAGACUGAUGAGUAUGAAAUAUGAUGGUUCUAGUGGAGUUAGGGAGUACAUUAUGAAAAUGAUACAUAUAUCCUCUAAGCUAGAAGCCUUCAAAAUUCCCAUUGCUGAGCCUUUUCUUGUUUAUCAUGUUCUUAAUAGUCUUCCUAGCCAAUUUAAUAAGCUAAAGGUAGCUUACAAUGCUCAGCGAGAUAAAUGGGAUUUAAAUGAUUUGAUAGUAGUAUGUGCCCAAGAGGAGUGUAGGAUGCGUCGUGAGACUGUUGAAACUGUGCAAUUAGCUUUUCAGCCACAACAAAACAAGGGGUCCUUUCAUAAUCAUAAGUCCAAGUUCCAUAAGGGAAAUAAGUCACAUUGA